AUGAUCCCAACAGUGUCGGAGGCGGUGCGAAGAAGGAUGAAGCUCGUGACUUUCCGUCUGAAGGUUCCGUCUAAAGAUCCCAAGAAGAAGGACGACAAAAAAGUAAGACGAGCUCGUGAGUUUUUCUUUCCCCCUCAGUUUGAUUUCGACAUUGUGUUUGGUUGGAGAGCUAGUUGGAACUUUUUUGGUAUCUGGUCUGAAGAGGACUUGGAAUUAAAGCAGAACCUUGAGCUCUAUGUCGAGAGAGUUCAGGAUCCCAAUCCGGAGUUGCAGAGGGCUGCUCUUGAAAGCAUGAGACAGGAAAUCCGAGCUUCAACAAGCUCAAUGACUUCAGUUCCCAAACCACUCAAGUUUCUCCGUCCCCAUUAUGGAACUCUUAAAGCAUUUCAUGUAACNAUGGCUGAUUCUGAUCUCAANGUAUGUCAUCAUACAUUUCAAAAGUACUUGUCUGAUAUCUUGUCGGUCUUGGCCCUUGCUGAAAGCUUAGGUUAUAGGUUGAUUGGAACAGAGGGUGACAUUGGAUCGUGGGGUCACGAAUAUGUCAGGAAUUUAGCGGGAGAAUUGCACAAGAGUAUACAAAGCGUCAGGUUAUUGGAAGUUGUAUUUGGCUUCAUCCUUCUGAUGAUUGGUAGUGAGGAGGCCCCUAUUGACGAUUUAAUGGAGUUUGUGCAGCAAAUUGUUGCUUUUCACAUGAAGGCUUAA